GACAUGAAACCAGAAAACCACACCAGUGUCUCUGAAUUCCUCCUCCUGGGCCUCUCUGAGCAACAGGAGCAGCAGCCUUUCCUCUUUGGCAUCUUUCUGGGCAUGUACCUGGUCGCUGUAGUGGGAAACUUGCUCAUCAUCCUGGCCAUUGGCAGUGAUCUGCACCUCCACACCCCCAUGUACUUCUUCCUGGCCAACUUCUCCCUCACUGACCUGUGUUUAUCAUCUACAACCAUUCCCAGGAUGCUGGUGAACAUUCAGGCUCACAGCAGCACUAUCCCCUAUGCUGGAUGCCUGUCUCAGGUCUACUUCUUCCUGUGGUUCGUUGGUCUAGACGUUUUUCUCCUGGCAGUGAUGGCUUAUGACCAGCUUGUGGCUAUCUGCCACCCCCUUAACUACACCUUGGUCAUGAGUCCCAGGUGCUGCAUCCUGCUGAUGGCUGUCCCUAGUACUUGCUCAUUCAUAUCUCUAACCCACAUCAUUCUCCUGACUCAGUUAUCCUUCUGUGCUAACAACAUCAUACCCCACUUCUUUUGUGAACUUCUCCCCCUGUUGAAGCUUUCUUGCUCCAAUACUUAUGCUAACCAAUGUGUGCUGAUGUGCUAGGGAGGGGCAUUAACCAUCUUGAUCCCCCUGCUAAUCAUCAUUUCUUACAUCCUCUUCAUGGCUGCCAUUGUGAGGGUCCCAUCAGCAAGUGGGAAGUGGAAGGCUUUCUCCACCUGUGGCUCCCACCUGUCAGCAGUUUGUUUGUUCAAUAUGUCUGCUAUUGGGGUGUACUUCAUUCCCUCCACUGCUGACUCAGCUGACAAGGACAGGAUUGUAGCAGUGAUGUAUGCUGUGGUGACACCCAUGCUGAACCCAUUCAUCUAUAGCCUGAGAAACAAAGACAUGAAGGGUGCCUUGGGGAGACUCUUGAGCAGGAGGGUACUUCAAUCUUCAUGA